GCGGAGGUGCGGCGGCCGGGCCUCCUCCCCCGCACCGCCCGCCGGGACACAUCAGCCAGGUGUGGGCGUGCGUCAGGGUCACCCUGGCUGCCCCAUCGACCACGCACAUGGAGUGCUGGAGGCGGGAGGUGUGUCCCUGAGACACCUGACGCGUGUCCUUCCUCCUCACACCCUCCUGCUCUCUCCAGCACCGCUCCCAUCGCUCCUCCCCGCCUCCGAGCCCGGCCAGAUGGGUGUGCUGGUGGCCACGUGACUGGCGCGUGUGCGCCCGGCCGGCUGGCUCGGCCGGUCACGUGACGGCGGCGGCCGGUCUGGUGCGCCGGGCGCGGCCGUCGGUUCCAUUCGGUGUCGGGCAGCCGUCGAGAGGGGAGUGACAGAGUCGGGUCGAGAGCGCAGCACCCCGUGUCAGACAGUGCUGUGGCCGAACCGAGCCGGGCAUGAUGCCUGUCGUCAAACCGAGCCCCUCCAAGCCCGUCUCUGUGCCGGGAAAGGGCAGCCUGUGUCCGGCCUGCGUGGCCCAUUCUAUGGACUGCCCCAAUGGCAGUGGGGCGUCCAGCGGUUUCGGCAACGGCUGCUCGUCGGGCGGCGGCGGCGUCAACGGCUGCAGCAGCGGCGUCAGCACGGUCAGCGGCAGCGGCAGGAUCGCCGGCGAGCCGCCCAGCUCGGCCGUCUCCCGCUCCACCAUCCUGACCAAGGCCAAGCCGUUCCCCGUCAUGGGCGAGCGGACUAAGAGCAUCCACGUGCCGCACGUGGUAGUGACGGUGGGUCUGCCGGCACGUGGCAAAACGUACAUGGCGCGCAAGCUGGCCCGCUAUCUCAACUGGACCGGCAUCAAGACCAAAGUGUUCAACGUGGGCGAGUACCGUCGUCAGGCGACCACGCGCUACAAGAACCACGACUUUUUCCGUCCAGACAAUGAGGAGGCGAUGGCGAUCCGCAUCAAGUGCGCGCUGGACGCCCUGGAGGACGUCCGACACUGGCUCGAUGACGGCGGCAUGGUUGCGGUGUUUGACGCCACCAACACGACCAAAGAGCGUCGGCGCAUGAUCUUCGACAUCUGCACCCAGAAGCUCGGAUACAAGUGCUUCUUCGUCGAGUCUAUCUGUGAUAAACCCAACAUCGUCGAGUCGAACAUUCUGGAGGUGAAGCUGACCAGUCCCGACUACACUGACUGUGACAAGGAGACGGCCCUGCAGGAUUUCCUGCAGCGCAUCAACCACUACAAGGCCUGCUACCAGACCAUCGACGAGGUCGAGGAGGCCAUGCUCAGCUUCAUCAAGAUCUUCAACGCCGGCGAGAAGGUGAUGGUGCACAAACACGAGGGCCACCUGCAGGCCCGCAUCGUCUACUACCUGAUGAACAUCCACAUCACACCGAGGACCAUCUACCUCACACGGCACGGCGAGUCCGAGUUUAACCAGGUGGGGAAGAUCGGCGGCAACUCGCGCCUCUCGGAGCGCGGAGAGCGAUACUCGCGCGCCCUGGCCGACUACAUCCAUGAACAGAAGAUCGACGACCUGCGCGUGUGGACCAGCUGGAUGCUGCGCACCAUUCAGACAGCGCAGCACAUCUGCGCGCCCCAGGAGCGCUGGAAGACGCUGGACGAAAUCAACGCCGGCACCUGCGAGGAGAUGACCUACGAGGAGAUCCAGCACAAGUUCCCCGUAGACUUCGCCGCCCGAGACCAGGACAAGCUGAGGUACCGGUACCCGCGCGGUGAGAGUUACGAGGACCUGGUGGCCCGUCUGGAGCCCGUCAUCAUGGAGCUGGAGCGUCAGGAGAAUGUCCUGGUGAUCGGCCACCAGGCCGUGCUGCGCUGUCUGCUCGCCUACUUCCUCGACAAACCGGCCGAGGAGCUGCCCUACCUGCACGUGCCGCUGCACACCAUCAUCAAGCUGAAGCCGACGGCGUACGGCUGCGAGGUGGACUACGUCAAGGUGCCGAUCGACGCCGUGGACACGCACCGGAGCCGCCCCAAGGUGGUCAGUCUGUCCCGAUCGUACGAGGAUGCCAUGGAGACACUGCCUUUCCACUUCUGAGCGGGCCAGCCGGUGCCUGAUGCAGCUCAACAGGACGGCGCCCUGACCUGCUGCAACGUCGCACCACGACGGUCGGCCUGAGCUGUGACUGUUGAAUUCAGCUGGGGCCUCAGUCGACUCUUUUGAUGACCUCAGUGACAUCAGUUGAGCUCGGCUGACCUCAGCUAUGACCUCAGUCACCCCGGUUGAGCUCUGAUGACCUCAGCUGUGACCUCGGCUGACUACUAUUCGUCGACCGGUACAAAACAAAGAAUAGAGUAUGGCAGUCGGCGGCGGACUGCUGUAUUUACAGCGCACAGGACGGUACUUGCCGGCCUUGCCGCACGUGUGAUGCGCACAGGGCCGAUUCGGGUUUGCUCUUUGUCGGCACAGAUACUGCGAGGCGGGCCAGUCGUGCGUUAUGUUGGCAGUGAGGGGCUGUGGGAUGGAUGAAGAGGUCAGUGGCUGUGUGUGGGUCGGUCGCAGUGGCGCCGACCCGUGCCAGUAGAAUGAAGCCACGUAUCAGUAAAAAGGCAGAGUUCAGGGUCCCAGUGGCCAGUGGACUAUCAUGACAAUCGCGCCAGUUUAUGAGGAUGUGAUGGACGCGGCCUAAGUUGACUGCGGAAAUGACAGUGAUUGACUUAUUUAAGCUCUGUCUUGUGGUUUAGGAGGCUGAUGCAUUGACCAGGGUCGUAGUGUCCUCUGUAUAAGCAUUCAGUUUCUAUAACUGACACAUCUUUACCCGAUAUUUCCCAUCUUCGCUAUCCAGCGAUGCCGAGAUAUUAUGUGCUUAUAGCAGACGUGCGUGAUAUAGUAUAAUCGAUUGUGUUCAAUAUCUGACAACGGUCUAUUUGGCACUAUUGUGCGGUGUAUUUGACUACUGUGAGUGCUCUGUGGGUCUUGUAUAUUCUGUCCUUUACACUGGAGAUCGGGCUGUCUUUAUCAUGCUUCUGCUCGGGCUCUUGACCCACUAUUUCAAAGACUUCGCGACUAGCGUUUUUUAAUCUAGCCUCAUUCUGUUUUCUUACAUAUCGUUUUUCGCCUUUCAUUUAGACCAUGGGUAGAAGCAUGUUAUCAUAUUCUAUAGCUGGACACUGGUUAGGUGGGUUUGACAGUGUAUUGCUGUGUAUCGGUGCUGCGCGCGACAACGAGCCCCCCCCCCCCCGCCGGGCAGACAGUGUGAUAUGCUCCGGCUUGUAAAAAGCAGCAAGGUUGUGUGACGCAUUCAGCUCACGGUAAGGGCGGCGGCUGGCGACCGGACCUGGCUGGGCACUGGGCAGCGUACUCUAUGCAAUCGCCCAGUCGAACGCUGUUUGACCAGAUGCCGCAGUAGCCAGUGCCUGUGAAACCCCGCUGUCUAUGCCGCAAGCCUGCUGUGAAUGUGAGCGUACCGUGAGCUCGCGUCCUGGUAGCACUGUUCUGGUAGCAUCCGCGGCUCAGGCGGCGGUCACCCUACCCGGCCCGGACUCUCAAAGACGACGGUCUGAGUGACUACAGUAGUACAGAGCCUGCACGAUCGUCAUAACUUAUAGCGAGACGCGAAAAUGCAUCAUUAUUUGUCCUAA